AGUACGAGGCUUCAGAAAGCAUCAAGCAUCAGCGUCGUGUGGUAGUGAAAAGUGAGUGAAUCGAGCUGAAGAAAAGAAAUCGUUGUAUCGUAUCGACGCUUCUGAAAAACAGUCGCACGUACAAUUUACGGUGCCGGUAACAACUUUUCCGCAGUAACAAAUAUUAAGUCAUUACUACAAAUCUUUAGUGUAAUCCAAAUCCAGCACGAAAGAUGGAGUGGAGUAAUGAGAUGGCACUCCAACUUAUCGACGCAUACAAAAAAUACCCUCUGUUGUGGAAUACAAAAGAUCCGUACCACUUUUCUCGCAGCAAGAAGAUGGACGCAUGGGAAUCGAUAGGAGCAAGUUUCGGAAUGCCGGCCGUCCAUGUGAAACAAAAAAUAAGCAGCCUGUUGGGAUCCUUUCGUCGGGAGAAAGCAAAGGGUGCAAGUAGUAUUCGUACGGGAAAAGCUCGCAAAGCCGUAUACAACUCAAAGUGGUUCGCUUUCGAACGAAUGAGCUUCCUGUUGGACAAGGACAAACCGCGGACAACAGUAGACACGAAUAAGGUGAAGGAAAACUACGACGAAAAAAGCAGCACACAACAGCCGUUACCAGACGUGGAUCCGCUCACCAAUUCAGCCAGCAUUAUGGAAUCGGAUAGCUCCUCCAACCAAUCUCCAACGACUCCAGUUCCUCCGAAGCGUCGUUGGCGAGUUUCCGAGAGGAAGGAUGAUGGCAGAUUGGAGAAGGCAUUUCAAAUUUUAAACACAUCACUCCCGUGGGAGCAGCCGGACGAAUGCGACACAUACGGUAAACAUGUGGCAAACAAAUUGCGGAGUUACAGCAAUCGCACACGUGUUCGAGUGGAGCACGCGAUUAAUAACAUUUUGUUCGAGGCGGAUAUGGGAAACUAUGAGGCUGCGAAUAAAUCACGAAUUAGCAGCUAA